AGAGAGAGACUCUACAAACUUUUUGCGACGCUUUGUCUGAAGCAAAAGUGAAGACUUAAAGACUGCUGUUCAUUUUUCAUCAACAUAACGCAGAUUGCGACGUUCAAAAGAAUUGCACAGAUCUAUAAUCGGGAGCCAUGGUUCACGGCGACAAAGAUCGACCCAACAAAAAGUUCAAGUUUUCAUCUAAGGAGGAUCACAGGUCAAAAGCUGUAGGAGAUGAAGCUAGCUAUUACACUGAGGAAUUUGACGAUGACUAUAACGAUCCGGAUAAAGAAGCAAAGAAGAAGGAUUUCACUAAAUUGGAACUCAAACCUGAUCAUCUUAAUCGACCCUUGUGGGCUUGUGCUGAUGGUCGGAUUUUCCUAGAGACUUUCUCCCCUUUGUAUAAACAAGCUUAUGAUUUCCUCAUUGCAAUUGCCGAACCUGUUUGCAGGCCAGAGAGCAUGCACGAAUACAACCUGACUCCUCACUCAUUGUACGCUGCGGUUUCUGUUGGUCUCGAGACUGAAACCAUUGUAACUGUCCUGAAUAAACUGUCGAAAACAAAACUUCCAAAGGAAAUGAUUGAUUUUAUACAUGCUUCUACUGCUAAUUAUGGAAAAGUGAAGCUUGUACUGAAGAAGAACCGAUACUUAAUUGAGUCCCCAUUUCCCGAGGUGUUAAAGAGACUUCUCAAGGAUGAUGUCAUUGGUCGAGCAAGGAUUUCUUCUGAGGGUUUCCAUGGUAGUGAUGGGUUUACAAUCAGCAAGUCAGUGGGCGAAAUUGAAGGUGGUCACAAUGAUUUGCUAAAUGAAGCAGAAAUAGCUGCUGCUGCUGAGGAAAAAGAAACUCAUUCCUUUGAAAUUGAUCCUGGUCAGGUUGAAAAUGUGAAGCAGCGUUGUCUGCCUAAUGCUUUGAACUAUCCCAUGCUUGAGGAGUAUGACUUUAAAAAUGAUACUGUAAAUCCUGACCUUGAUAUGGAGUUGAAGCCUCAGGCUCAACCUCGGCCUUAUCAAGAAAAAAGUCUCAGCAAGAUGUUUGGAAAUGGUAGAGCAAGAUCGGGCAUUAUUGUCUUACCAUGUGGUGCCGGAAAGUCACUAGUUGGUGUCUCUGCAGCUAGCCGAGUAAAAAAGAGCUGCCUCUGUUUAGCAACAAAUGCUGUUUCUGUUGAUCAAUGGGCAUUUCAGUUCAAGUUGUGGUCAACAAUAAAAGAUGAUCAAAUAUGUCGUUUCACAUCCGACAGUAAAGAAAGAUUCCGAGGUAAUGCUGGUGUAGUUGUAACAACAUAUAACAUGGUUGCUUUUGGUGGGAAACGAUCUGAAGAAUCCGAAAAAAUUAUUGAAGAAAUUAGAAAUAGAGAAUGGGGAUUACUUCUGAUGGACGAGGUGCAUGUGGUUCCUGCUCACAUGUUUAGAAAGGUUAUUAGCAUCACAAAAUCUCAUUGCAAACUCGGGCUUACCGCUACACUUGUAAGAGAAGACGAAAGAAUUACAGACUUGAACUUCCUUAUUGGUCCGAAAUUGUAUGAAGCAAAUUGGUUGGAUUUAGUUAAAGGAGGAUUUAUUGCAAAUGUUCAAUGUGCUGAAGUCUGGUGUCCUAUGACAAAGGAGUUCUUUUCUGAAUAUCUGAAGAAAGAGAACUCUAAGAAGAGACAGGCUCUAUACGUGAUGAAUCCUAACAAGUUCCGAGCCUGCGAGUUUCUCAUAAAGUUUCAUGAAGAGCAGCGAGGUGAUAAGAUUAUUGUUUUUGCCGACAAUCUCUUUGCAAUAACAGAAUAUGCAAGGAAACUCCGUAAACCGAUGAUUUAUGGUGCUACCAGCCAUGUGGAGAGGACACAAAUUCUGGCGGCUUUUAAACAUAGUCGUGAUGUUAAUACAAUUUUCCUCUCAAAGGUUGGUGAUAAUUCUAUCGAUAUACCCGAGGCUAAUGUAAUUAUUCAAAUUUCCUCACAUGCUGGUUCCAGACGUCAGGAAGCCCAACGACUUGGUCGUAUUCUUCGAGCAAAGGGUAAUCACAAAGAUAGAAUGGCAGGGGGGAAGGAAGAGUAUAAUGCAUUCUUUUACUCCCUAGUGUCCACUGACACACAGGAGAUGUAUUACUCUACUAAAAGGCAGCAAUUUUUAAUUGAUCAAGGGUACAGUUUUAAGGUCAUUACAAGUUUACCGCCACCCGAUUCUGGACCUGAGUUAAACUUUCACCGAGUUGAAGAACAAAUCACUCUACUGAGAAAUGUACUAAACGCCGGUGAAGAUGCUGUAGGGUUAGAGCGGUUGGAGGAUGAUACAGAUGAUAUUGCCCUUCAGAAAGCACGUCGGUCUGGUGGUUCCAUGAGUGCUAUGUCGGGAGCCAAUGGGAUGGCUUACAUGGAAUACAGUACUGGACGAGGCAAACAUGUGAAAUCCAAGCCCAAGGAUCCGGCCAAGAGGCAUUCAUUGUUCAAAAAACGGUUUGGCUAAGAACCCUUGCUAGCCAGGGAUCUUAAUUUAUACUGUUUACUAGUACUGAGACUGUUCAUACCUUUAUAAUGUUAAACUCAAUAUUUUGGAAUGCCCCUUUUUUCCCUUUCUCUUCCUAUUUGUGUGGGAGCCUAGUGUCUGCUCAUCGAACUGAGAGCAUGAAUUUUUGUGGGAGAAUGGUGAAUAAAAAUAUAAUUAUUGUGUGA